UAAACAUGGCGUCUGAUUCUGGAUGUGAAAAUUACAUGUAGCGCUUCUGAAUGGUAACGGUGUGUCUCACGUACCAUCGCCCCGCAUUUUAGCCUCGAACACAGCAACGUGGUGGACACGACGUCGGAAAGACAUGAAGAGGAGACGGAGGGAGGCGCUUCACUGAUGCUGCUUCAUAUUUUUUCUCUCUGCACAACAUGAAUGGUCUGAUGCCUUCCCGGACCCUGUGAUUGGCGCAAGAUAAUUGCUUUUGUUAACAGACACACUGAUUUUUAUUUCUGUCGAGGUGUCUACUUUUAUUUUAUCUGAUAAAUAUCAGGGCUCUUAUUCUGUGGAUUGGCUCCUGCAGGGGGAGUGACUGAAUUGUGGGCCCACUCUGCUCUGGGACCCCCUUUUUAAAUUAUAUAAAGUAGCUUGAUUUUUUAUGGAUCCUCUCUAUCUCUGGGCCCCUAGAAUGUACAGCUAUUUUAACCUCACUUACAAAUGCACUGCCUGGACAGUGUGAGAGCGGGACGCUUUAUGUGCCCCCCCCUAAACCGCUGUGCUGUGACCGCUGGUUUAUGACUGUUGACUGUGCUGCACUGUUGAGUCUCUCAUGCCUUGCUCGUCAACACCACUAUGAUAGGCUCACCUGACGUGGUGGCUUUCACUAAAGAGGAUGAGUAUGGGCAGACAAGUCUGGACCCCUGGGCUAUCCCUGAGGAGUUCUCUGUGCCCCUCUAUCCGCUGGCUGACUCCAACCCCUGGGCUAAAACCUCCUAUGCCAAGUUCACCAAAGACUUCAUCCUCAUCUCCGAGUUCUCUGAGCAGGUGGGCCCCCAGCCUCUCCUCACCAUCCCUGAUGAUCCCAAAGUCUGCGGCACCUUUGAUCUCAACUACUUCUCACUGCGCAUCAUGUCAGUGGACUACCAGGCCUCCUUCGUGGGUCAUCCGCCUGGCAGUGGCUACCCAAGGCUCAGCUUUGUGGAGGACUCGAGGGUGGUGUUGGGCGACUCAAAGGAGGGGGCGUUCGCCUACGUCCACCACCUUACGCUUUACGACCUGGAGGCGCGGGGCUUUGUGCGGCCCUUCUGUAUGGCAUAUGUUUCAGCAGAUGAGAGGAAAAUCAUGCUGCAGUUUCAGGAGCUUUCCCUCCGAUUCUCACAGGCCUCAGAGUGUCUGAAGGCUGGGAACAGGAGAGCAUUUGCCAAGGAACUCCAGAGGAAGCUCCAGGACCUAGAGUACACUCACUCUGUGCUGCAGAAGGAGGAGGGCCUGCAGAGAGAGGCGGGGCCUCAGCGCAUGUACUCCGCUCACGCUGUGGAGAAAGCCAACGAGCUUGCAAACGUAGAAAGGAGCAUCUAUGAACACAGAGACCUGCUGAAACAGAUCAGCUCCUACCAUCACCGUCCGCGCAGAGAUCCUCACGCUGUCACCUGCCAGAAGUGUAUGACUGAGUGUUUGAGCGAGUGUGAGGAGCUGUUAGAAAAAUACUCCAAGCUCGCCAACCCCUUCAGUUACUGUGACAAAGGGGAGAAGGGGCAGGAGGGAUGGGGUCACAUUGAUGAUGAAGGGGGCGAAGAAGUGGCGGACGAGGAGGAAGAUGAGGGAGUUAAACGCAGGCCAUCCUACAUACCACAGCUGAUCAAAGCUAAGUCUGCAAAAUGUUUCGACAAGCGUCUGAAGACCCUGCGAGAGCUAUGCGACAGUACUUAUUUCGAGGCCACCGUGCAGCUCCUGAAGGAGACGGAGAGGAGUUUCCGGGGGGACCUCUGUUACCUGCACACACGCCGGCUGGACAGGGCGCUACGCAGGAAACAGAGAGUUACCAACUUCCUGUUUGAGGAGGACCUCUGUGAUGAUGAUGAAGAUGAAGGUGCAACACUGAGACCAUUCUGUGCUGUGAACCAUGCUGUAGAUAACUAUACACUCUUAAAUCCGCCUCCUAUAGUGCUAGGACCAGAACCUCUAGAGCUUGAUGCUCUGGAGCCUCCAGAUCCUCUAGACCCAGCCUCUGAGGCCAGCCAUACUCAAGAGAGUGAACUGGGGCUUGUGGAGAGCCAUCUGGAGUCCUCCCCCUCGGACCAGACUCUGGAGACCCAGGAGAGCUCAGAGGAAACCAAAGGAAGCUUUAGCAGCGAUAAGAGUGGGGUGGGUCAAGCAGAGAGGCAACAGAAUCGGUCAAGUAUGAACUCAGAAGCUCCUGAUCCUGAUUCUGACCUGACCCCUGACCAUAACACUGACCUGGAGAGGGAGAGCAGCAGUGAAGAGAUGGAGACCACUGCUGGGGAUGAUGAGGGGGAGAACGGGGGAGACGACACACCCGUGUCUUUGCUGGAAGUGGUGUCUGAGCUGGAGGCCAGCAGGGAGGAUGAGUGUGACGGAGUAACUGAUGGGGCUUAUGAGAUGGAGUCGGACUUGUUGGUUCCAAUAGAAACAGCGUGCUGUAUGGGCCAAGAGGGUUUACUUUAUGAGGCCUCUGCCCCAGAGGCGGUGUCUCCUCUCAACCAAAGCUCCCACCUGCCACCCUGUAAAACCCUGGUGGUCAACCAGGAGCCCCAGGCCCAACUUCCACUCCAGGAGGACUACAUGGUGGGUUCUCCAAGCUCAGAAAGCCCUGCAGCUGGGCUGGAGCUUCCUGUGGGGCAGCAUGCAGAUGCAGUUUCCCGGACCUCAGCAGAGGAUGGGUCCGACUGUACCAUGAGUGCUUCCACAGGGUCUGAUCGGGCUGCCUCACCUCUUGGCUACGGGGGGGUUGUGACUCUGCGUCAGAGGAAAAGGGCUGGACAAGGAGCCUUGAGGUUUGUGCGACAGUACCCCUUUGCCAUGCAAGCUCUGUGGUGUCUGCUGAGCGGCAGAACCCUGGUGGUGCUCGGGGCAGAUGAGGGGAGAGUCCGCCGACUGGUUGCCGCUCUGGCCCUCUUUGUUCCUGGUCCUGGCAGGUGUGGAGAGAGGGUUCAAGCCUGGCUGUCCUGCCCCUUCACUCUUACUGAUUUACAGAGGUGGAAACUCAUUGGAUUGCAAAGAGUAGUGUCCCCUGUGGGUUCCAGCAUGCUUUACUCGCUGUCCCGCUACAGUCGCUACAUCUCCAUCCUGGACGCCGACCAGAAGACCUUGCGCUGUCCGCCGUAUCGUGGCCAGCUCCUUGCCAACAUAGCUGACCACCGCACCUACAUCCGCCGUGGCUCCACCUACUUCCUUCAGUUACAGAGCACACUCUGCCGCCUGGCAGCCAAGGCCUUCCUGCUUACCUUCACCCACCACCUCCACCUGCCGGUCAGCUCCACGGAGGGGCCAGAGGUUGUAAAGGGCCGACGCCGCUGCUUCCUGCAGGAGCAGCUGGGGCUGGGUGAGGAGGACAGCCUGAUACUGCUCUACCUCAGCCAGCGCAUUACUCAGCAGUACCUACAGCCCUCCAUCGGGAGCAGUGCAGCAGCAACUUGUUUCAGUUUUAACUACACCACCAGCGUUUUAUACAAAAUCUAAUGUUAUACUGGGAGGACACACAUUUUAGCAGACAUCAUCUUUGACCCUUUGGUUAUUAAUGAACCAAAGGGGAUCUUAAUAAGGUCUAUGGUUGCUUUAGUUUCAGGACAACCUCUCAACUGGUUAUUGUUUCAUCUGUGAAAUCUCUCUCUGCCUUGCUGUCGUUCUCUCUGCUCUCGCUCUUUCCUUUGUGUGCAGAAAUAAGGAGACAGAGUGAGUCAUGAGUGUCAGUGAGUGGUUUACUUGUGUGUGUGUUUGGUCCAUAGCAUGUUGACACUCACAAACACACAUAACAGAGCAGACGAAGGUCAGCCCCCUCACCCCCACCCCCCUUCCCCAUCUCACACACACACACACACACACACACAUAUAUAUAUAUUUUCAUCUUAAAAAACUCUAUUCCACCAUUGCUGUCUGUGUCGUAAGUGCUGGUCUGACCUCAACCAGCUUUCUAACUGGUUAAAUCACAGCUCUUGUGAACACCCACCAAUCACUGAGCAGCUAUGAUAUCAUCUCAGCUCAAUGUAAACAUGUUUUUCAGGAUUACUUGAACAAACUCACAUAUGUUGACAUUUUCUGCCUGUGGGGAACAGACGCCUCUCUGAAUCUGUCCAUGAAACCAUAUUAGCAGGCUUGUUACAGCUGGUUUUGUGACAUGCCUCUCUCUCUGGAAACUACCACACAACUUCCAAGGGCCAAAAAAGCUUCCUGAAGCCUGUCCUUUUUAUAUUUCUGUUCUGCACUCGCCCACACUUCAACUUCUCUCUUUUGUAAGUGAAUUUGAAAACACAUUCCCGCGGUAGAGGAUGAAUCCAAGAUAGACACAUGUUGUUGGAUUGUAAAUGAGCAGAUUUGAUCUUUUAGGAGCGUGGAGUAAACAUUCCCACAGGCUGCUUUCAGGUUGUGAUGCAUGAGGAAGUGUAAUUGCUUUGUGAAUUCGUUCCAGUCGGCUUCAAGUGAUUUUUGCAUGUCCAGAGAAAUGAACAUCACCACCACCCCCCUCCCCCCGCUCUCUCCCGCAGCCAAAACCUGUCAAUAUUAACUGCUGGCGAACAUUUUAAUGGAUGUUACUCACACAGUCAGGAACAUUUUAAAGCUACUUAACCUUAAAUGUAUUGAAUUUCACUGUUGUCUUACAGUUGUGUGAGAGUGUUGUGGUGUUAGCAUGAGACUGUCUUGUGCUAGGGUGAAUCACUGUAUCGAUAAUAUUUCUGUUUUGUUACAUUUGGAUGAGCUGACUUGGACAAGAUGCCAAACAGUGUGAGGAGAUGUUGCUGAGACAGUGACGCUGUGUUUGUGGAGAUUUUAUUUUGGGGAAAAAAUGGAUUUCCUGUGCCAUCAAAAGCUCUAAGCUUGACACUUGAUUUAGGACAGUUACUUAUUAUUUAUUUUCUUCUCAACGUUCCUGUGCCAUGAACAAAACUCAACUGUUCUGUAUUUAUUGUUUUAGGACAAAGUUUAGAUUGUGGUCACUAUGCUGAGCACACCCAGAGAAUUUCACAAGCAGAAAAUCUUUGUUUUAAGUUCUGUCACAUCGGCCAGUGAGAUGACACCGAAGAAGCGUCUUUGAUAGUAUUUUAGAUUUUACUGUUCCUAAUUCUGUGGCGUCAGUGAUGGAGUUUUAAUUCUGUAUCUAGGAUGGUAACUGUACUUGUGACUGCAUGGUCAAAGUUUUAAUGUGAUAGGUCAAACAAUGUGGGAUCAUGGAUGCCUUCCUUCCUGCUAUGAACAAGACAAAUUUUGGUUUGAAGGUGUAUGCAUUUAACUAUUAACAGCAACCUCACAUUUUUUAUUCCACCUAACGUAUUAUUUUAGUUUAGUGCAAUUUGGGCUUAACGAUUCUUUUGUUUUGUUGCCACAUUUGUUUCUUUUAUUUUUUUACUAAAACAAAUUUUUCUGCUCAGAUGUAACAACCCUUUUUUAAGGUAUUGUUUCUCUAAUGCAAAAAGGUGAAUGUAAUCUGAAUAAGCCAUACCACAGUGUGCUUAACAUGUCUUCACUCAGUGUCCUUAUGUUGCCAUAUCAUGUCUACCUUUUGUAUCUCAUCACGGGGUGUGCGUCGGACUCACUUCAGCCCUGUAAGACGGCUUUGUUGCCAGUGAUUAUAAUGAAGCACGUUGUGAAUGUCCUGAUGCUUUUAUGUAAUGUUAAAAGUAUUCAUUUAUUCCAUUAAAUUAUUUGAAACCA